UGGUCUGUGACGUAUUCCUCCUGCAACACAACCCGGAAAUAAAGACGCUCUUGCGCUGGUGCAGAGUAAUAUUUGCUUAUCUCUGUUUGCUUUAGGAUCCGCUGCUAUAUCCUGAACAUUCUGCGCUGAUUUGAGGAUCAGUGGAUGGGAAGUGUUCAGUGGAUGAGGCGUUUAUGAGCAGUGCGGGAUUAGGAGAUGUUUUGAUCAUGUGCGCUGUAGUGCGGGUUCGCGGCACAGGAUUCAGUCACGCGCGCACUUCACUCUGUCCCCGCUGCUUUCUGGAAACUUCCUGACUGAAACACAAACAACGAAGACACUCAAGACAUCAACGGAGGCUCACCUUCUAUACCAUUCAGGAUCUGCAGUCCGGAUAUCAUGAGGCUGGCAGGACCACUGCGUGCAGUCGGCGUCGUGUUCCUUGUAGGCUUGACUUGGCUUCUGGCAAGUUCCAUACUAGGAGGAGAUGGAGGUUCUGUCAUGAAAAUGUUCUUUACUGGUACACAAGAGGAGCCCACUCCAGAACCAGGGCCACGCAGGUACAAGUGCGGUCUCUCGGCCCCAUGUCCUCCUAAACACCUCGCUUUCCGUUUGGUGUCGGGAGCUGCAAAUGUUAUUGGACCCAAGAUCUGUUUGGAGGAUAAAAUGCUUAUCAGCAGUGUGAAGGACAAUGUUGGCAGAGGACUUAACAUUGCCUUAGUAAAUGGGGUCACUGGAGAGCUUUUGGAAACAAAAUCAUUUGACAUGUGGGAAGGAGAUGUUUCUAAUUUGCUGAAGUUUCUGCGACCUCUCCAUGAAGGAACUCUAGUGUUUGUGGCGUCCUUUGACGAUCCAGCCACCAAGUUGAAUGAUGAGGCACGGCGGCUGUUUGAGGAGCUGGGCAGCACCGCAAUAAAAGAGCUCGGAUUUAGGGACAGCUGGGUGUUUGUGGGAGCCAAAGGAAUAGAAAACAAAAGCCCAUUUGAGCAGCGAAUGAAGAACAACAAAAGUAGUAAUAAAUAUGAGGGCUGGCCGGAGUCUUUGGAGAUGGAUGGCUGCAUUCCUUUACGCGCCCCACAAGAGAGCUAAUCUCUCAAUCGAACAAGCAUGAAAUAAGGAAAUGCACAAACAACUUCAACACUGACUAAACUGGUUCAGUCAGGCACAUGGUGGACUCUUGGAUCACACUACCUAAUCAGUUUCUUUUUAAAGAAUUUUUAAAGAAUUCCAGUUGGUAAUACAAAAUCUUUCUUGUAAAGGUGAGCCUCAACACAAAUAUAACACUUUUAGGACAGUAAAUGUCAGUCAUGACUUUACCCGUCUGGUGUAUACUAGCCAUAAACACUCACAUUUUUAUAUGUAAAGCUUUAAUUUAUCUUGUCACUAAUCCAUGCAUCCAUUGACCAAUGGCCCAUCAUGCUUCAUGGGUAAACUUAUAAUAUCUAGAAACAUUCCUAGUAACUGGUGUUAGGGAGUGAAAGUGUUACACAGUAAGGAACGCCUGUCUUUGUUGUAUAUUUUUAAUACAUUUUUGCCAUAAUUAAAUGAAGCGUGGCAUGUAGUUGCUGUCAAAGUCAUGGCAAGCUUAGGAUUAACAUUUUGGUUGUUUUUUUUUUUUUUCUAAUUUUAUAGUAAACAAAUGAAGAUGACUGCUGUAUUUUAAGUAGAAUUGUUCAAAUAAAAUAUGAAUGUGAUAUUAUAUGAACUCAAAAAGCAUCAUGCUGAAAUAAGAUUUUUUUUUUUUUUUCGGUCAUGUUCCAAGCAUCCUAGGUGGUGGAGUUAUCAUACUGUGGCCACUAGAGGGUGACACAGAUUCAAGAAUGUGUAUGAAAUCUAACUAUGCUGUCCAAUAAACUACUGUAUAUACUUA